GUCCUUUCGGAUCAUGUGUGGCUGGGUGACGGAAGUCCUGGAGUAGAAUAAAAUCUCUUCAAUACUCCAUGUCCUCCAGGAAGUAAAACGUUAGUUUCCCAAGCAGGUCUUGGGCGCCUCUCGCUUGCCUGUGUUAACAGGUUUUGAAAGUGCCCGGACACUGUCCUCUCCAUUCAGCCAUCAGGGUUCGUUCCUCUGCCUUUAUGACUAUUAUUUUCCCAGUUCUCCUCCUUCCUCCCUCAUCUUCUCUUCCCUCCCGUGGUCUUCCGUGUUUUGUUUAGCAGUGCGGCUUACCUCGGAACUUGGCAAGGAAAGAAAAGAAAAGAAGGUAGCUCUGAGCGGGGUAGGUGGAGGGAGGGGUAAGUAAUAAUCCACCGCCCCCCUGCAACUGAGUUCUCCAGUUUCUGUUCCAGCCGCAGCAGCUUUGCUGCCAAAAUCGCUUUGCUAUUCGAGAUAGCCAGCAGAGGGAAUCGGAACUUUGCUUGCAGCAGGGGUUGAAGCCGCCUUUUUUUUUUCUUGGAGGAAAUACUGCAGCCUUCUGGACUGCGUACGCCGCUCCCUGGAGAGGCUCUCUCGGUUCCACCCACUGGCUGCAAGGAGGGGAAGUGAAUGAAAGGGCAGGACAAGCCCCGAACACCAUGUCACUCUGGGAGGGAGACAGCAGCGACUAAGCUGUGCACGGUUUUCUUUUUUUUUUCUUUUCUUUUUCUUUCUUUUUUUUCUUUUCCCUUUCUUUUCCUUCUCUUUCUUUCUUUCUUUUUGUUUUCCUUCUCUUUUUCUUUAAGAUUGGGAAAGAGACAAACAGGAGAGAGGAAGCUGAUCUGCAAGGAUUUGGAGUUGUGCUAAAAGGACUUUGAUUUUUUUCCCCCUCUACAAACGCUGGCAAUUGACAUCAUUACAGACAGCCUGGUUAGAGAGCAAACUGCCUCAUCCCAAGUGGACCCUGGCAGCUGGGAGAAGCUUGCAAGAUCCGAGGAGGCUGUCUGGCUGGGGUUUUUUUUGUUGUUUUUUAUGUUUUUUGUUUUUUUCUACAGAGCCCACUCUUCACCUUCUUUUCUGGCGUGUGUUUUUGUUUUGUUUUGCUUUUUGAAUUCUUGCCGUGUUGGAACUAGCGAGUGGUGGAGUCUCUGAAGCCUCAUCAGUCACCGGGACUGUCAGGAAUAGUGGUUUCAGAGGAAGCUCGGCCUGGGGCACUAUACCCUGUCAUCCAGUUCCCUGCUCGGAGAUAAAGAUUCCAGCUACAUGGGCAAACGCCUGGACCAGCCACAAAUGUACCCCCAGUACACUUACUACUAUCCUCAUUAUCUCCAGACCAAGCAGUCCUAUGCACCAGCUCCCCACCCCAUGGCUCCUCCCAGCCCCAGCACAAACAGCAGCAGCAACAACAGCAGCAGCAACAGCAGCGGGGAACAGUUGAGUAAAACCAACCUGUACAUUCGAGGCCUUCCACCAGGCACUACUGACCAGGACCUAAUCAAGCUGUGCCAACCGUAUGGAAAAAUUGUAUCCACAAAGGCAAUUCUUGACAAAAAUACAAAUCAAUGCAAAGGUUAUGGUUUUGUAGAUUUUGACAGUCCCGCAGCUGCACAGAAAGCAGUAGCAUCUCUCAAAGCAAAUGGCGUGCAGGCACAGAUGGCCAAGCAACAAGAGCAAGACCCAACUAAUCUAUACAUCUCAAAUCUCCCAAUUUCUAUGGAUGAGCAGGAACUGGAGAAUAUGCUCAAACCAUUCGGACAUGUCAUUUCCACACGAAUACUAAGAGAUGCCAAUGGAGUCAGCAGAGGUGUUGGCUUUGCCAGAAUGGAGUCUACUGAAAAAUGUGAAGUGGUAAUUCAACAUUUUAAUGGAAAAUAUCUGAAAACACCACCAGGUAUCCCAGCCCCCAGUGAACCAUUACUGUGCAAAUUUGCUGAUGGAGGACAAAAGAAACGGCAAAAUCAAAGCAAAUAUACCCAGAAUGGGAGGCCUUGGCCCAGGGAAGGAGAGGCUGGCAUGGCUCUGACCUAUGACCCCACAGCUGCCAUACAGAAUGGAUUUUAUUCUUCACCGUACAGUAUUGCAACCAACCGCAUGAUUCCACAGACAUCUAUCACGCCAUUCAUUGCUGCUUCCCCUGUCUCCACAUACCAGGUCCAGAGUACUUCAUGGAUGCCUCAUCCGCCAUACGUUAUGCAACCAACAGGUGCUGUGAUUACACCAACAAUGGACCAUCCCAUGUCAAUGCAGCCAACAAAUAUGAUGGGUCCCCUGACACAGCAGAUGAAUCACCUUUCAUUGGGCACAACAGGAACGAUUCAAUCCCAAGACAGGAUUAUGAUACUCCACCAGCUGUUGUGUCAGUAUAUGACUGCUGCUGCUCCUAUGCAAGGGACCUACAUUCCCCAGUACACGCCUGUGCCUCCAACAGCUGUUUCUAUUGAAGGUGUUGUUGCUGAUACCUCUCCCCAGGCAGUGGCACCUUCAUCCCAGGACACCAGUGGUCAGCAGCAACAGAUAGCAGUGGACACGUCCAGUGAACAUGCACCUGCAUAUUCUUACCAACAGUCUAAACCAUAAACAGAACAGAAGAAUGUCCGUCUGAAAUUUUGCCUUGAAUGAAGAAACUUCACUGAACAGGAAGUUAGUUGGCUUCCAGUUUGCACAGGCGUCAAUGGAAGGCUUUUUUUUAUUUUAUAUUUUACUCAGUGAAACAAAGUUUUUAUGUGCUGUGCAAAUGGUUCCUUCAUGUGGUCUGACAGUUUAUUUUUGCCACCCUUUAAUUUUUUUUACUUAAAGGAAAAGAAAUCCCAGAAGAGGAGGGGAAAAACAUCAAAGGUUGACAUUAUAUCUGGAAGAGCAUUUGAAUUCAAAAUUUACCUGACAGUGUAAAUAGAUUUUCUUUCUUUCUUAUUCUUUUUUUUUUUAAAGUGGAAAAUCUCAUGUCAAGAGACGAGCAAACCAAAAUGAAGGCAAAUGGUCUUCCUCAGUAAUUAAGCUACUCUUUCUCUUUUUCCCUUCCUGUUUAAACCUAGUGGGGUUUUUUUAAUUUUAUUUUUUCUUAGAAAUAUUUAGGUAAGGUUUAUCUUGAAUCUUAAUUGCCUUAAUUUUAAGGACGUCAAAGGCUCUCAAGGCAAGCUGUCAACGUCUUGUUAAAAAAAAAAAUUCAAGAAAGAAUUGAAAUAUUGUGCCAGCUUUAACUGGUACAGAAGUUUAAGACUACGAGUUUUUAGGGUGAAAAAAACUGUACAGUUUAAAAGAAAAUGUUUUUCUUCAUUUGAAGAAAAUUUGUUGAUAAAAGAAACCAUGGCAACUGCAAGAAUUGGGAAAUGCUGGGACUUUUCAUGAACUUUGUCUUAAGUGUUGACACAAAUCAUUCUAGAAGGCUAAAACAUUUUACAGUAAAGUUAUUAAUGUUGGUUUAAAAACAACUGCAUUAGAAAUAAUGCGUGUUUGGGGGCAGAAUGCAGAUUUUUUUAUUUACAAAGCGUGAUUGCUAGCAAAAGCAUUAGUGCUUUUUAUCUGCAGUCUUUUUUAUGAGCUUUACAAAGUUUUUAGUCAGCUUUGCUUGUCACAUUACAAAACUUAGCUUAAGAGCAUUAAAAACAAAACAAAAAAAACAUAAGUAGAUAGGAGCUUAUGGUCAAAAAGUGCAAAAAAAAAAAAAACAAAAAAAGCAAUAGAUAGAGAAAUUGUUGACAAUUUCUGUAGUCUUUCCUAGUUGUGAUCAAAUUCAGCCUAUGGAUGGCCUAUUUUAUACCAAAGAUGAAGUGACACCCUAUUACAGUCCAGAAGAUAGAGAUUUGUUUUGUUUCUUUUCUUUUCUUUAAAAUUUUAUUUGACCUACAAUGGCCGGACCAGUUCUUACUUUGUUGUCUGUUUAAACUACCUUCCACUGGUGUUUAACAUACCACACACAAAAAAUAUUUUUUAAAUGUAUAUUUGUUGAUAGUAGAAGCUCACACCGGCUGUGUUCAGCAAUCCCAGCAUGAAGAGGUCUGGAUACCAAUUAACAGAGCCAAGAAGCUUUUAAUUUUGUGAGCUUUUCUGGUUCCUUGCUAGCUCUCUUCAAUAGGAUGCCUGUGUUGAUGGCCUCCAAUAGCCAGACACUUGUUAAAGAGUGGAUUUCCUUUCUGUGGAUUUUGAACUAAAGAUACUUCCUGAACAUGGCCUGAAAGGUCUCUGAAAUGUCAUUUGUCAGAAAAGCUUAGUGGUAUUGUGUGAAAUGGUGAGUGGUCUCCUACAAAGAUCUCAUGAUAUUUCGCACAAUCGUCUUCCUUCUAAAUUCCAACACCACCCAGUUUCAUCUUCUCACCUCAGUCCUGUCAUCAACAACCAUGAAUGGCCACCUUGACUCUGCAUUUGGGGAGUGGGUGUCUCCUUUUUGUCUCUUUUCAUGGUAUUUUCAUAUCUUGGUCUUGCCAGAAAGAAAGUAAAUAUACUUUUUUUAUUUCUGUUUAAUUUUCUGAGGCAAGAAGUCCCAAUAAUAUUGAGGAUUCUCAUAGUGAAAUUUAGGAAAGCUCUUAAAAUGCUAGUUGACAAUCAAGAAAUUGUAUGAUUUAUUUCAAUAAGUACCAAAAGGCCUAGAUUUGAUCAAUCAUUAAAGCCAAAGGAGAUAUUUGCAUAUAGAAAAAUGCAAAAUUUUAUCUACAAUUAUUAAAUUGACUUACCUAGAAAACAUCUUUACAUUUUUGAUUUAUCAAGUCAACAUUCAACCUAUACAGUUUAACCUGAAAUUGAAGAAAAUGAAACAGAAUUUUGUUAAUUGGACUACUCACUACAAGUACAUUGUGGUCAAAUCAUUUGAAUCACAAAAAUGAAACUGUUCUCACAAACUAAGUAAGUCACAGGAACUUAACUUGGUCCCGAUGGAAGAGGUAAAUGUAUUAAGUGCACUAUGAAUGAAAACAGGGUAGGCUUUUAAAAACUAAAAAAUAUAAAAAUAUAAAAGGUAAAUCAUAUUCUCAUUAGGGCAGUAUGAAUAAGGAGUUUGACUCAAUGAAAGUGCAAAUAAUCCACUGUUUAAAUAGAUCCUGGUUCUCUUAUUUGCAAGCCCAUGAAUUGGAAGCUCAAACCCAGAGUGACUACACAUCUUUGUAGUCUAACCACUGGCAAAAUAUAUCAACAAAAUGUGGCAUGUGGCACAAAGAAAUUCAGCUGAUCACACCCAUCCUGAUGGUUUUCUAUGCUUUAGAGAGAAUCAUAGAUUUAAACACUUUUCCAUUGCAUCCUUCAGCUUCCCGUGUAUUACAGUGGUGAUAUUAUCUUUGAAAGUAGGCUCCUCACAUUACAGGGGUACAAAAAACAUGUAUGGGAAUUGUAUUUUCUGUUUCUCUUUUUCACACUCUGAAUUCUUUGUAUAAAUAAGAAUUAUCCUGGGCACAAUUCGUUUGAAUAUAAAACCAACAUGCAAAAGAAACCAACCAAACAAACAAACAACAUGCAUUCCUUUGUUUCUGUAAAAAACACCCAAAAAUAUAUGUCAAUGGGAUACAAAGAAAGUCUCAUUUACACAAUCAGUAAUGAGGCUAAGAGUUAGCUAACAUGUGGCUGAUGUGCCUAGGUAACUUCCUGUUUCUAUUCAAAACUGCUGCUUUAUAUAUUCAGAUACUUUUUUUUCAAAUAUGAAAUUUUAGUAGUCUCAGGAAAUUAUUCUCCCUGUCAUUUUAUGUGUCCAUGUGUAUUUUGUGUUUGGAUUGUUUAUAUCAUGCCAUUCUAUAAAACGUUAUUUCAAACCAAAAAGAAACAAAAAGAUAAAAUUGCACAUGUCCAAAUUUGCACACACACCCCCUUUUUCAUUUUACCUAAGAAUUGUUUUCAAAAAUCCAGUCUUGGGAAGGAGGGAGGGGGCAUCAACAGGUAAGCAGCAUUAGUUGUAUGAAAAAUAAAACAAACAAAAAUAUGUGUUCAAAAUACACAGAUAUCAAAUCCAAAUUGGUCAACAAUACAUGUUGUAGGAUUUUAAUCUCAUUUAGAAUGAUAAUCCUUUUUUUUAGAUGAAGUUAUUUUUCUUUGAAUUCCGAUUUACCAAACAGUUAUUUAUAUGUUUCAAUUUUUCCUUUUUACUUUAAUUGCCAAGACUUAUCCUGCACAUUUGGAAACAAACUAAUCCACAUUCCAAAUGAGAUAAACACCUUCUCAUGCAAACUCUAGUCAUGUGGUCAGUGGAUGAUCAGGUAUAAAAGGCAAUCAUUUUAGCAAUAAGAAGGUAUGGACAGGGGACAUAAAGUGUGUAUAGAAAUUGUAGGCUCCGAAUGAAGAGCUGUUUUGGAAGGACAACAAAAUCCAGACUGUGUGAACUAAAGGUAAUACUGGUAGAUGCUGAUAACAAUUUGUCUUUGAAUGCUGAUGUGUCUUGUAUAUAACAAAUGAAACAACAUUCUAAAGAAAAGAAAAUCCUCUACCUAACUCUUGAGCUGGCCAGGAUUAGUUUGUUUCCUUGGCAAAGUUCAACAAUUCAGAAUAUUGUCUCAUACUUUACUUGAAUUAAUUCUUCUUGUGACUUCAGCAGAUCUGCCAUCCUUGAAAGCAUGACUCCCUUUCACCUCUUUUCUAAUGAAAAAUCACCUGACAUUAAAAGUGUGCUCCUGCUCUCAUUAGAGAGGAAGGCUAAGAGCUGGAAGGCUAAGAGCUGAAGAAGGCUGAAUGGAGCAGGAAAUUCACAUUAUUUCACUAUGGCAACAAAAUACAUUGACCCCAUCACAAAACUGCUUCAAAAUUAUUUUCAGUUCAUGUAUAACCAAAACUAUUUCUGAGUUUGGGUUUUUUAAAAAUAUUUAAAUAAUUGAGAUGUCUCUUCUAUGGCUAUGUAACAUUUACAAUGACCUAAAACCCUCAUUAAUGAAAAGUGGAAUUUGAUUUAAAUAGAACUCUUGCAGUCUUCUCUGUGAUUGAAGAGAAGUUUCAGUGGGCUGUCUAGACAGAUGAUGAUGUUAACAGAUUAAAAUACAUUUGACAAUCCAGCCUCACUCCUGAUCUGAGUGCACGAACCCACUGCUGAUGAGCUGUUAUGCAGAGAGAAAGUCUUAAGUGUUCCAGUGAUGUGUUUUUUAUAUGAUUUAAAAUUGAACAAAGGGAUAACAUUCAUGUAUAUGUAUAAUAACAUUCAGCACACUUGAGGAAUCACACAUUGCAAAACAGUAUGGCAAGUCAUUGAAUCUUGAUCUAUUCUCUUUGACCUGGAUCAGCCAUAAAGAACAGGAUUUUACCUUUCAUGCUGUUAUGGCUGGCAAGCUUCACAGUUGUGAGUUCACUGGGACUGACAGCUUCUCACUUCAAUCUGAGGAAUUGACAACAUUUAAACAAGUUUAUUGAUUCUGUACCCUAUACCUUUUCUGUAGCAACGUUAUAAUGAGAUUUCAUUAAUGAGUAAAUUUGUUUUACAAAUAAAUAGUAUCCACGAUGGCAUUGGAAGACAGUUAGGUAUGACUCAAGAUUAGCAUUUACCAAACACUUUAAAAGAUGACAUUGGUCCCUUAAUCUAAACACUCUUAGUAUUGGCUGUUCUUUGUGGAUUAUGUGUUCAAGGAAAUACAAAACUCAACCCUAAACCCACAAGUGGCCUCGGAGAUCUUUUACAAUGUGAGGAGUUCAUGCUAGAUUAAUGAUUUCUUUUAUGUUUGGUUUUAACCCCAGCAUAUAGAUGCUAUCAAAAAACAACAACAACAAAAGAACAAUCAAACAAGAUAGGUGACCUCUUAAUAUUCAUCUCUUUAUAUCUCUGGGUGGGAAAAUAAUAUAUAAAGAAAAGUUUCUUCCGCACAGGAAGCUUAUGGAAUUGAGCUUGGACUCAAGAAAGAACCACAAGGCCACUGAAUCACAGCUGAGUUUUUCCUAAAACGGUCCCAUUUUCUGAGUUUUGCAGAAAUAUUAUCACUCUCAUUUUCUGAAGGGCUAAUUUUCUAUUUUGUGUAUCUGGUUUUUUUUCUUCAAAAGAAUUAGGCCUUAGGCACUGUUCUCUUUCAUUAAUAUUUCACCCUGAGGGUGGAAGAAGAACUAAUUGGAAAUAAAAUUCAAAUUAAUCAAAUAAAAUUCAAAUUAAUACUACUUCCUAAGUACUGAUUUAAUGAAAGUUGAAGCCAUUAAGAAAACUCAUGUCAGUUAAUUAUAGACCCAGGAUUUUGAUAAUCCAUAAUAUCCUUUUACCAUUCACUGCAAACAAUUGACAGUUGGCUGUAUUCUUGCACAAUAUAAAGGAAAAUACUGUGGCCAGGAUUGGGCUUCCCUCAGAAGAAAGCUGUUUUGGUUUCAUUCACUCUACUGAAAGCUAAACCAGUUGAAAAAAUAAACAGUUUCUGUUAUGAGAAUAUAAUAGUAGCUCUUGGUUAAAUGUACAUUCUUAUUCCUUUCUUUCAGUUUGACGAAAAACUACAUUAUUUUUGUUAUAUUUUGACUGUGUUACUGUAUCAAGGCUGAAUGACUUUGACACUCCAGUGGAAAUUCUUCUGAUAACAUUUUGAAUAAAUUCAAAGUGUAACAUGAGUGUUACAAUUUGUAUUUAAAUCCUCUGGUCUUAGAUUUUUUAAAAAGAUGCUCUGUCCUCCUCCCCAAAAUGUGUUAUUUCAUCAUAUAUAUAAAAACAAGGAAUUAUUUCAUACCUUUCAGGAACUGUAAAAACUAUUUCAAAGAGAUACUUGAAAAAAAAAAGUUCCCCAUUCUGCAAAUAAAUGCUUCUGUUUACUUACAAUAUAAUUGGAAUCUUAAUUUUAAAAAUAUCUGUAAAAGUACUUGUUAUGAGAUACUGAGUUUCUAAGAAAAAUGGGACGCUGCUUCUUUUAAAACCCUUAUUUCAGGCCAUACUCAACUUCAUGGAACUUCUGAAACAUCCCUCAAUUUUAAAUUUUAUUUAAAAGCAUUUUUGUAUUGCUGUCUCUGUCAUGAAAAGUUCUGUAAUACUAAGGUGUUUCGGGUUUUAUUUUACUUUUUUUCAUCUGUAUCACAGUCAAAUUAGAUACUGUUUCCCUUAUUUCUUGGGCUUUCUGUAGAUCAGUGGAUCUUAGGUUUAAAUUUGUUUUCUUUGAUGAAGCUUUCAAUAAAAAAUGAAAAUAAAAUCAA